UUCAUUUCGGCGUCCAUCUGGUCGAGUUCUGGUUUUGGUUCAUUUCUUGGUCUUCGGCCAAUAAUGGGCAACACAUAUCACUGCUUGACGUUUUCUCUGGUCGUCCUGCCCUCGGUCUUGCUUACGGCGUAUUUCUUUGCGCAAUUUCCGCGUCUGCCCCAGUCAUUCCACGUCUAUCCGUCUCUCGCCAGUUUGCCGCCGUCCAGCCGGUCAUGGAGUAUCUACCCGCCCGAUUUCUACGAAGGGGGGCAAUAUGUUGACCUUCCGUACGGCAGGAUUCGGUACUGGGUGUUUGGCCCGGAGACGGGCAAGAAGAUCGUCUUUAUACACGGGUUCUCAAUCCCUGCGAUUAUAUGGAAGGAUGUGGCGCCAGAAUUAGCGGCACGCGGGUUCCGUGUCCUACUCUUUGACCUGUAUGGACGAGGAUACUCCGACGCACCCCAGACGGCCUAUGACACAGCCCUGUACACGACGCAGCUCGCGUUGUUGAUGCAGCAUGUUAAAUGGGAUAAAGCUUACAUUGCCGGUGUAUCAAUGGGCGGAGGAAUCGCCGCCGCUUUCACAGCUACCUUCCCUGAUUUAGUAGACGACAAGAUUGCCCUCGUCUGUCCAGCUGGCCUUAUGGAUACGAGCGAUAUAUCACGUACCAUGAAAUUCAUGUCCUCCCCCGCUUUGCAAGCGGUCACCUCCAGCUCACCCUUCCGAUUUUACCUGCGCCGAUUAGCAAACUCGACUUCCGACACGGAUCCCAUCGCAGAGCUCGUGCGGAUCCAAUCAGCGUACCUACCAGGUUACAAUCCCGCGCUCGCCUCGUCCCUCCGCGCGGGUCCACUUCGAGGUCUCAAACCAGCUGUCGAGACCCUCGGUCGCUCGGCACGCAAAGUGCUCCUGGUAUGGGGCACCGCCGAUAAAGUCGUCCCUUACAAAUACUCCUCUGUUAUGCAGGGUCUCCUGCCGAACUCGGAGCUAGUCACGAUAGAGGACGGGCCCCAUGAUCUGACGCUUACCCAUCCGAAACUCGUGACCGACGCUUUACUCCGAUUCUUCGAGGACGCCUCCUCCUGAGUUGUUGAGGAGGAUACGAUAUCGCAAGAUUCGCUCCCCUCAACGAUGUAUCACUAUUCCGGUGCUGCUCAUCCCGGCAUUGUACACUUCCGACAUAAUCCGUCCUGAUGUCACCCCAUACUCGUUCGCUUCUCGCGCCGCCUUGUUGUUGUUCACCCUUACAUGUAGCUUCUAGCUUCCUAUUAUUUCUGCCUUGUUUGGUUAUCGGGUUUAUGAGUAACCUACAGUAUAGAUUUCUAGUCAUGCCUACCUUAGAUCCGCAAUACAUGGACCUCUAGUAUUUAAUUAAUUCCAUGUGCGCUUCUCGGAAUGACCACUGGUUUUUG